CAUCAUCAGGUAGGUGGGACUAAGCAUGUAAACCUCAAAAGGGUCUUCUAAGCUAUAAGAAAACAUUCUUCUAUGUGACUUCUGUGGGGUUUAGGGUGAAGAAAUUAAAGUCAUCAAAGUUGAGGUUAAAGAGGAAGAAGAAGAGAGGGUGGUGAGUGGAGAUCAACAAUCAAUGGAGGAAGGGGAGAUGAUUAUGGAAAGUAAACAGGAGGAAUCUUCUCUACAUAUGGACACAAAUGGAUGUGAUGUGAGGAAUUCCUCGGAGAGACAUCUUCUAUUAUCUGCUGAUUGUAAGUCAGAAGAUAUUGUCAUCACACAGGAUCCUCCAGGAGGAAAUCCAAAUACACAAAAUAUACAUCACAGACCUUCCUGUCCGGAGACAUCAAUGGAUCCCUCUGAUCAGGGGGAAUCUUCUCAUCAAUCACAUACUAUGAUUGUAAAUAUCCAUGUAAGAUCUCAUACUGCAGAUAGAUCAACAGAUCCUUCUAAUCCCGAGGAACCUUCCUCCCCCCAUGAAGGAGAUCACAGAGUUGACAAUCUAUUCUCAUGUUCAGAGUGCGGGAAAUCUUUCACUCAGAAAGGAACCUUAGUUAGACACCAAGAGAUUCACACGGGUGAGCGUCCGUUUUCAUGUUCAGAGUGUAAAAGAUCUUUCCUUUAUAAAGAAGUCCUUGUUAGACACCUGAGAGUUCACACAGGUGAACGUCCCUAUUCAUGUUCAGAGUGCGGGAAAUCUUUCACUGUGAAAGGAACCCUUGUUAGACACCAAAAGAUUCACACAGGUAAUCGUCCGUUUUCAUGUUCAGAGUGUAAAAAAUCUUUUCUUUAUAAAGAAGUCCUCGUUAAACACCUGAGAAGUCAUACGGGUGAGCGUCCUUAUUCAUGUUCAGAGUGCGGAAAAUCUUUCACGCAGAAAGGAAGCCUUGAGGAACACAGAAAAUUCACACGGGUGUGCGACCAUAUUCAUGUUCAGAGUGCGGGAAAUCUUUCACUAGAAAAGGAGACUUUGUUAGACACCAGAAAACUCACACGAGUAUUCGUAGUCAUUCAUGUACUGAGUGCGGGAAAUGUUUUACUCAGAAAAGACACCUUGUUAAACAUCAGAGAACACACACCGUACAGUAUCCUCAAUGCAUUCAGACUGCGGGAAAUGUUUUACAGAUAGAAGUCUAAUUAGACAUCGAAACCACCUAUUCUUUGACAAAUGUAUGGUGGUUUUACUAUUGGAACUGUUUAGUCCAUAGAACUAUAGAAAGAAAAUAUUUUAUUUAUGAAGGGGUGCGCAAUGGCAAAAUUGAUAUUAAAUAUAUAUGUAGCGCCCUGCUCCUGUGAGUAGGCGCUAUUUGUAAAUUUAGUUAUCUGAGCUGUAGUUUAGCUCGGAAUGAUUAUGCCAAAUUAUGGGUUUCUGUUCCAGUUCAACUGCGUUGCACAUUUUCCAUUUGACUGUAGGUGUCACUGUCACCGGGAGUCAAGGUUGGAAAUGCAGUGAGUUGGGUGUAUUGAGUGCCCCUUUACCCAGAAGCAGCCCAGUGGGCGUGGUCUCUGCCGCUGUGCAUUCUGGGAGGGAGUACUUAAGGGACAGACACCGUUCUG